ACCAACCUUACCAGUAAGGCACAGCUGAGGAAGGUGGGACGCAGGGAGGGAACGGGGCUUGCCUGGGAAUGAGCUGUGGCAUUUCUGCAGAUCAGCCCAUCAGCUGUGACCAGCUCAGGUGGAUUGGACCCUUCUCAGACUAAAGAGGUCCUAAGCAGCCUCCCUCCAGCUUUGGCGCUUCCUUGCUCUCACAGAGCAACGUCAGCUCCACGAGUGAUGGGUGGGAGAGUCCUGUGCGCACACCAGCAGAAGAGCCUUCGUUCCCCAAAGUGCCACCAUCUCUUGUGCAGACCAGGAGCUGCAUCCACUCAAUCCAUGUCACUCCAAAACUCGGCACAGAGGGUGCUGGGGGAUCACUUGCACAACAGGUCGGGCAGUCAUGGGGCAGAGCCCAUACAGGCCACAUCUCUGCCCUUGGGGAGUCACAGUCUGGUGGGAGCCAAUGCACUUUUUUGGGAGCACAAAAAAACUCCACUGCCUCAGUUUCUCACCUGAGUCUACCUGGCUGUUCCUGCAUCACUUCCCCACUGCUGCCAAGCCCAUUGAGAUCAGGAGAGGCUCAGUUUUCACAAAGCCUCUGGUUUUUUGUGCUAUUAUUUCAACUCAUGCUCUCUUUUCUCAUCCCACUGGAGAUAAUGCAGGGCAGAGGAGCCCCUGGGGCUUGGCCACCCACUCCCUCCCUUUAUGUCUUGUUAGGACUUCACUGUGAGCUUUGGUGGUGCCUCUGUAAAAUGAUGCUCAGUGCUUCUUUGUGUCCCAAAGCUUUCCUAAGGCCAUGGCAGAAAAAAAAAAAAACAGGGAGGAAAAAAAAAAAAGGCAGAAAGCCACAAUGAUGGAGGUGGAGAGGUGAUAUUGGGCCACAGGCAGGGGCUGCCGGGGUGCAGGGUACCCACACCCUGGGAAGUUGUGGUGCAGGGGAAGGGUGGGGAGGGCUAGAGGCUGGGAGAAAUGGAGGGAAAGCCACCACCCUCUGGUGACAGGUCUUCAGAGCCCCCAGGGCUGCACCCAGGAGUGCCAAGGGUGGGUGCAGUAGGCAAGUUAGGCACCCUGAGGUGUAUGGCAUGGCACCGCAGCAGCAUCGGAGGAUUUUGCAGGAAGGUGGGUGACAUUAGUUGUGUCCCAGCCGGUGCUGCCCUGGUAGGAAACACUGCCUUCCCCUGCUUGCCCAGGGGCACAGGCUGGCUUGUGCAAAAGGUCCUGGUGUCCCAGUUUGGUCCCAGUCCCAGGCUGCACAAUGAAAUAAACUCACCCAAAUUCACUCUUCCAAGUUUGCAGUUAUUGAGGGGCAGCUAAAAUUAUCCCUCAAAAUGCCCUAAAACCUUGGGUUCUGGUGAAGCCUCGUUCCUCCCUACAAGCACGACACACCAGCGCCUUCCACAUUUCUCCCAGUCGAAACCUGGCCAAGGUGCACCCAGUCUUACAUCCAGGAGUAAUUAAGCGAGCAACACAGCAAUUAUCACCCUACCCACUCUUUGUGGUCCUAGUCCAUAUGACCCUACAGCAAUCCCUAUGACCCUAUGGAGGAGGGAGAAAUUAGCAUCUGGCAUAGGGUCCUUAGCAAUAUGCUUCCCACUCUGGACUGUUCUCAGCCCAGCCACGGCUGCGUGAGGAUGCUCUCCAGCCAUUGCAAGGCAGCUUUUAAAGGGCAGAUCUCUCCCAGAGCUGUGCGCUCAGCCUCUGCGAGCACCUUUUCCAGAGGGCUCAGUCUCCCCCCCGGGUCCUGAGAGCUGGGGUUUGGUAUAGUUUGUGCCCUGAGGGGUUAAACGCUGAGAGAUCUGGUCUGGAAAAUGAAAGGACUGUCUUUGGAAAUUCCAGCUUGGUGGGUUGGGCUGCAGUGGCCUGGCGGGAUGGUGGGUUGGAGAAGGAGGGAGGAAGGGUCUCCCUCAGCGCAAGGCAGUUGGCAUCUCUGCCAGGAGCUGCUGGAGCAAAGGAGGCGGUUGCAAUGAGACACAGCUGCUCCGGCGUGAGAACUGGGAGGUGGCUGGGAGGGCCUCCCCUUGCUCAGUCUCAAACAAUGAACUACGUGGGGCAGCUUGCCGAGACCGUCUUUGUCACAGUGAAGGAGCUGUACCGGGGUCUGAAUCCCGCCACCCUGACGGGCUGCAUCGAUGUGGUCGUGGUGAGGCAGCCUGAUAACUCCUUCCAGUGCUCCCCUUUUCAUGUGCGUUUUGGGAAGCUGGGUGUGCUGCGCUCCAAGGAGAAGGUGGUUGACAUUGAAAUCAAUGGGGAGCCUGUGGACCUGCAUAUGAAGCUGGGCGACAAUGGAGAGGCCUUCUUUGUCCAGGAGUCGGAGGAGAAUGAGGGCAGCGUCCCCUCCCGCCUCUGCACAUCCCCCAUCCCCACAGAGCAGAGCCCGGAGGAUGCCGCUCAGCCCUCUCAUGGGCAGGAGGCCUCCAGUGCUGAAGCGACCCUGCGCAAGAGGAGGCGACGCAGGAGGAAGCCCAAGCGGAAGGAGGUGGUGGACUCCGAGUUAGAAGGCUGCGAGGAGACCAAAAGCGAGAUGUCCGUGGAGGAGCCGUGCAAACUGCCAGCCCCAAGUGAUUCAGUGUAUUUCUCCUUUGCUGAUCUCCCUGAAGAAGAAACCAGGUCAUUGCAGUCCCCAGAGAUGCAUCCUUACUCUGAUGGGGAGCUGGCCUCUCUAGACAGCCCCACCCUGAGCCAUCCAUCUUCUCCCAAAAGUGACUCUGAGCUGGAGAUCAGGCCGCAGGAGAGUUUUGCUCUAGGGGCUGAAUCCCACAUGCAGUGGACCUGGGGAAGGCUCCCUCAGGUGAAUAAAUCUGAACGAGUUGAACCAGCCAAAUCCACAAAGACGAUUGCUACAGCAGCAACCACUGUCUCUGCGACACCGGUCCCAGUGGAUGAGGCAACCCAUCUUGUUGCCAGCUCUGAAGGUUUGGGAGGAGGUUCAAGCCCAGCAGGACCUCAGGGCACACCUUGUUCCUCUGCUGUGUCCGUUGUUGAGCCACUACCCGCACCCCAGGAUGGGAAUGGCCACCCCAGACUGAAGGACAUCCCCAGUGCUGUGGGGGAAGAGAGCUUGUUGGAGGCCUCCUCUGCCCAACAAGAGAAACAGGAGGGAGGCAGGAGUGUUGUGCCAGACGUUCAGCCAGAUGUGGAGCCCUUCGAGGGAGCUGCAGGGGGCUUGGAGGCCCCUGAGCCCCAGCUGGAAAGUGAGAGGAGACAAGGAUCCAUCAAAAGAAGUCCUCACUUGGGUCCCAGUGAUGUUUACCUGGAAGACCUCUCCCAGCUGGAUGAGGAGCAGGUGGCUCUCUAUUUCCCCAGGAGCGACACAGAGCAGAGUUCAAGGCCUGUGGCAGACCCCAGCAACCCCCUGUGUGUCCAGCUGCCAUCCGACUUGCCUGCCAACAGCCCCACGGACUCGGACUCUGAUUUGAUGCCUGCGAUUGCCCUGUCGCUGUGCGGAGGCCUGGGGGGCAGCAGGCAGAUCUCCCGCGAGAAGUUCAUGAAGCACAUGGUCUCCUACCAGCAGUUUGCUGAGAAUCCGGGACUCAUCGAUGACCCAAACCUGGUGAUACUGAUCAACAAGAAGUAUUACAACUGGGCAGUGGCUGCUCCCAUGGUCCUGUCCCUGCAGGCUUUCCAGAGAAACAUUCCUGAGAGCACCAUUGACCAACUGGUGAAGGAGAAGAUGCCCAAGAAAGGCAGCAGGUGGUGGUUCUCCUGGAGGAGGAGAGAGUUCCCAGCAGAGGAGCAGCAGUCGAGGCCAGGGAAAGCCAACAUGGGGACGCUGCAGCCUGACUCUGCUCAGCAGAGGCAGGAGGAAGAGGGGUCAUCCAGUGACGAUGAGCCCCUGCACCCCAGGGACGCGUUAGCAAUGGAUGCCCCUGCACAGAAAUCUCUGCCAACCUACAAGAAAUCCCUGCGGCUCUCCUCUGAACAAAUUGGGAGGCUGAAACUGCAGGAUGGCCCCAACGAGGUGGCGUUCAGUGUGACGACUCAGUACCAGGGCACGUGCCGCUGUGAGGCCACCAUCUACCUGUGGAACUGGGAUGACAAGGUGGUGAUCUCGGACAUCGAUGGCACCAUCACCAAGUCGGAUGCUCUUGGGCACAUCUUGCCGCAUCUGGGAAAAGACUGGACUCAUCAUGGGAUUGCUAAGCUCUUCCACAAAAUCCACCUGAACGGCUACAAGUUCCUCUACUGCUCAGCCAGAGCGAUCGGCAUGGCACACAUCACCAAAGGCUACCUCAAAUGGGUCAACGAGCAAGGCUGUGCCCUCCCCAAGGGCCCCAUCCUGCUCGCCCCCAGCAGCCUCUUCUCCGCCUUCCACAGGGAGGUGAUUGAGAAGAAGCCAGAGGUGUUCAAGAUCGCCUGCUUGAUGGACAUCCAAAACCUGUUUGCCACAAAGCUGCCCUUCUACGCAGCCUUUGGGAACAGAGCAAAUGAUGUCUACGCUUACAAGCAAGUGGGCCUGCCGGAGAGCCGCAUAUUCACGGUCAACCCCAAGGGAGAGCUGAUCCAGGAGCUCACGAAGAACCACAAGUCAACGUAUGAGCGGCUGUCAGAGCUGGUGGAGCUGAUUUUCCCUCCCCUGGGACAGAGUGGGAGCAUCGCUCUGGUGUGUCCAGAGUACAGCCACUUUGCCUACUGGAGACCUCCACUGCCUGCUGUUGACUUGGAGGACUUCUCCUGACCCCGUUACCUGUGGAGACCAGACCCAGGGCUCUCCUGUGUGUCCUCUGCCAGGACUGGAUGCUCCAGAUGCAUUUCCUCCUCCCUGUUUGCUGCUCAGGCAUUUUGCACUUCUAAUACAGGUCAUGUUCUGCACUAGAAACACCCCUUCUCUGGGAGCCAAAGGGGGGUAAGAGGGAGCUCUGACUCUACAAAAACUCCAUUUACUAAACGGAAAUUCCUAUAAGCUCGGUCUUCUCUUAAUGUUCUUAACACUUUUAAAGCCUGGCUUUGUUUUUUAAAGGUGGUGAUGGGUUACUGUCUAAUUUAUUGAUGAGCCUCUGGCAUAGCUAUUUCUAUCUCCAGUACGACCACUGUUCCCAGACAGUCCAGCUACCUGCAGUUUAGUAGCUGAUGGAUUGGAGCUGUCCCAUGUUUUAACAAAUCGUUAAGGUGGAUGCAAGCUGCUGGGGUUUUGAGUUUUCUUCACUAAUAGUCACUAACAGCAACAAUUAAUAAAUAGCGCCUUAAUCCAGGCUGCCUCUUGUCCACUGUAGCCCUGUGAAUGGAAGUGGGAGCCAGGCUCUGUGCCACUUUACAAACGUGGUUGAGUUUAUCCUGUCCUGCUGAAGUGCCCUGCCAAGGGGGUCUGGUCUUGGUGGAGAUGGGAGCAGGACCUACAGCUUCCUUGGACUGUGGAGCAGCUGCACUAGAAGAAGACUCUUUUUAUUUUUUUGCCUGCUACCUUCAGGUAAUUUUGCAAAAUUGAUUUAAUACAGGAAGCAAACCCUGGCUUUAUGUGUGUGUGCAUGGGGUGAAUCUCUCCUGUGCCAGUAGGCUGCCACGAUCUUGUGCUAGAGCAGGAGCUUAUUCCUGUGCCCCUGUAUUGGAGCGUUCGAGGAAAGCUCAGCUAUCCUAAAGCAGGGUUGGGCUGGGACUCAACCAGCCUGUCUCUAUGCUGGGUGGGGGAUUUCUCUGAAAUCUGGUUGCCAGCCUUGCUGGAUGUUCAGCCAGCCUGCUGCCCCUGCUCUGGGAGCUCUCAGCUGUAACUACAUAAAACAAAACAGGCAGGAGCACUGCUGGGCUCCUUCCUCCGAUCUGGCAUCCACCUUCUCCUUCCCUGACCGUGGGUGAGAGUGUAAAUCAUCUCCUAGUCUGCCUGCCUCCGUGCUUUAACUCUAGCUCUGCUUUUCUGAAAGCCACACAAGUCAUUUUGAUCCUGGGAACCUCAGCAAGAAAUACUUUAUUUUUUUUCCUUUCCAGUACAAACACUUUUUCAGCUUUUAAAACCUGAACGAAUGUACAAGGUUUUAAAAACAACAAAACACAGCCUUUUAACAGGAUCAGUUAUCAACUGCCUCAGAAAGCUGCCCAUGCAAGGACAACUGCAUGGGCACCAUCUUCCUUCUCUGCAAGCAAAAAAAAAAAAAAAAAAAAAAAAAAAAAAAAAUGCCCUAUUUUGUACAAAGUUCCUUUCAAUUUUUAGAAAUGAAUAGCUGAGAACUG